AUGCAAAUUAAACUGAUAGAGAAUGAAUCAAACAUACCGUUCGUGCGCUUACGGCCAUCGUUCGUCUUGAUUACGCACGAAUUGGCCUGGCACUCGCAUAAAGACAAGGCCUCUUCGCAUUUUGACAGCGCCGCGUGCGUUCGCUAUAGUCUGCGACGAUUUUGUUGUGUGACUAGUGUUGUUCGCGUCCGUAGCAAUCUUGCAUACGAGAUUGCACGCCGCCGAAGAAAUCAAGAAGUUCAAAAGGUGCCCUGCAGGAGACAACGAGAGAUCGAGAGGAGAUUCAGGUAA